AAGUAGAAAAAUAUAUUUCAAUUGCAACAUCCGGUUUCAAUUAGCAUGAUUAGCAAACAUUAAACGUUAAUUUUGAUUAAAUAAGAAUAAUAUUAGCCUUUUAAUUUGUAUAUUGGUAUUCUAAAACAUCUACUCAAACACUGGAAAUAUCCUGUUUAGCGAAGAAAAACUACCUUUGGACAAGAAAGGAAAUAAAGUUGGACUGCUAAUUUUGUCGUCAAACAAUGGCUGGAGUUUUGUUUGAAGAUAUUUUCGAUGUGAAAGACAUUGAUCCUGAUGGGAAAAAGUUCGACAGAGUAUCCAGAUUAUUUUGUGAGUCGGAAUCUUUCAAGAUGGACUUGAUUCUUGACGUGAACACUCAAAUUUAUCCUGUUGAUCUGGGUGACAAAUUCCGUAUGGUAUUAGCCACAACACUAAGAGAAGAUGGUGCUCCAGAUGAUGGAGAGUUCAAUCCUACAGAUACAGGACCAUCAAGAGCAGACAGCUUUGAGUAUGUGAUGUAUGGCAAAGUUUACAGAAUAGAGGGUGAUGAAUCAGGACCUGAUACAAGAUUAGCAGCCUAUGUAUCCUAUGGAGGUCUGUUAAUGAGGUUACAAGGUGAUGCCAAUAAUCUCCAUGGAUUUGAAGCGGACUCCCAUGUGUACCUCCUGAUGAAGAAGUUAGCUUUCUAAGACAUCUGGACCAUUGACCACUAUGUGUUCUUAUUCCAAUGACAUUUUUAUUUUAUAUUGUUAGCAUUCAUUUAUACAAAUUCAUAGUCAAAAGGUUGUCUUAAUGCGUUUUAAAAUAAAUAAUAGUAACAAAGUUAGAAUUGUAAUAUUCUCCCAAACCAAUAGUUAGUAUGCGCAAAUAUUAUUUAAAAAAGAUAAUUUUGGUGCCAUAUAAGAUUUUAAACAUUUACUGAUAAUAAAACUUGUUAAGCAGAUGACCUUUUAAUCAAUAUUUGUCAAACAAAGAUUUAUUUAAUUAGAUAGUCCUCAUUUUUUCAUCACCGGGUACACAAUAUCAGAUAAGGGUGAAUGUCAUCAUAUUUAAAAAUAAUUCAGUUGGCAUCAUGCCUUAUAGUCACAUUUUAAAUAGGUUCAGUAUUAAGUACAUUCCUUUACAUAAUUUGAUUCUCUAAAAUAAUUAGAAUACCUUGUAUGAGGUAUACUUGAUGCCAAAAGCUUGGAGGACAAAUACUCCUCAUUGUUUAGAGCAAAUAAGACCAAAUAAACAGUAUGGAGGUAGUGAAAGUAUUAUGUGAAUUAUGACUGAACAGAAAAUACAAGGGUGUAGAGACUCAAAAUAAUAUUUUAACAUUACUCGGAGUCCAAUAUCGUAAGAAAAAACCUUAAUAAACCUUUUUUAAGAUUUUUAAAAAGAGAAGUUCUUCCCUUUAUUUAUCUUUGUUUGCACUAAUUUUACAGAAUACAUUUAACAUGACUUAAUUAUUAAAAACAGUAUACCUCAGUUUUUUAUUUGGAAUACAUAUUAAUAAAAAGAAUAACAACUUCAACUUUGCUCUUAAAUUCAUGCUCAUUUGGGCUUUGAACAGUAUGUUAAUCAGAUGAAGUCCAGAAGUACAAGGAAAAUAUUUGACUUAUUUUUUACCAACUUUUAUACUUAAAGCUGUAGGUAGAAUCUGCAUUGCAUAAAGAAACCAAUUGAUACUCAUAUUCAAUUCAUUAAAGUUUUAGUUCAAACAUUCUGUAAAUCCAUUGUAAAUAAAUACUGUCAUCUUUUUA